AUGAAGAACAAGGGAAUGAGGAAAGAACCAGGGCCUGGAAUCAAAAAGAUAAAUGUUAUGGUAUCUGACAUGGGAAACAAGUUAAAGGAGGCAGAGUACAGAGCAGACACUUCUGCAUUCCUGAAAAACAUAGACGAGGAAGAGAGAGAGACCGCAUUUAACUAUCACAGUGAGAAAGUGGCAAUGGCUUUUGGCCUCAUUAGCACAGCCCCAGGGACUCCAAUUCGGGUUGUUACAAACUCUGAAAUCUCAGAGUUUGUAACGAUUGUCACACUGCAAAUAAGUUGA